GGUGUCCAUCUGUACACACGUCUUCAGUAGACGGGUUCCUGUGAAUCCGUUAUUCGGUCACCUCCACUAUCUGUCUAUGCACCCAUGUAAUUAUGUAGUCGAUUUCUACGCAUAGUACAAGUUCGUAAUAUGCCAAAUUCGGCCCAACUGUGACGAGACGGCCUAUGGACGCAGCAAGAGAAGAGUAACUUCAACUCUACAUAAUAAGUCUACAGAUGCAUGGCUUGGCCAACUGCAGUGAGCCAGAGACGGGGAACAGCCGACAGGACGAGGUACCAGCAAUUAUGAGGCAGUCGAAGAUCAAGUGCUUGAUGGUGAUCGCAUCCUGUAUGGCCAUUGGAGGCAUCUACACAGCCUGGAAGUCUGUCGAAAAAUCAAUAAAGGGAAAGAAAGACCAACUUCACAUACGGAAAGAAGCAGCUGUCCAUGUGGGAGGUAAGCUCUUGAACCCAACCCGUGAGUACAAUGGGACCCAGGACAUCAAAGUCUUGAUAGAUGUGGACAGGGACACACCUGACUUCGAUGAGCUCUUCAAGCAUCUUGUCGUCGUGACCGCAUUCUCCGAGAACCACUACAAGGAGGCGAUGGGCAUGAUUGGCUCCGCCCAGAAGGCCAUGCCCCACACACGUAUCAUAGUCUACGACAUUGGAAUGAAGAACAAAACAUUACUCAAGGUCAAGACAUUGUGCAAUGUGGAGGUGAGAAAGUUCAGAUUCCACAAGUAUCCACGCUUCGUGUCCAACCUGUCCACCUAUGCCUGGAAAGUCAUCAUCAUAAAGGAGACCCUGAACGAAUUUGGGGCCAUCUUCUGGUCGGACGCCUCUGUGCGCUUCGUGAAAUCUCUCAGACUCUUGCUGCCAUUUGCCUGUGAGCACCACGGCUACCUGUCCCGCUUCCACAGCUACAAUGCCUCCACCCGCGCCCCCAUCAAGCACAACUACUACAUGACCUUUGACCAGAUGUACAAAGUCAUCGGAGUCGACAAGGGCGCCUUCUACAGGUCGGCCUACGCACCCCACCCCGCCUCCAACAGGCAGCUGGUCCUCAACAGCACCACCGUCCAGCGGAACUAUCUGCGGCCCCUGUACGCCUGCGCCAUGGACAAGAACUGCAUCAGCCCGCCGGGGGCCAAACACGGGGUCAACCACCGCUUUGACGCGUCGGCUCUGAUGCUUGUGAUUCACAAAUACUUCCCGGGGGAGUACAGCAGAGCCAAUGACCACGUGAAGGACAUGGACGAAGUGAUGUACAUGCACCGAAAAUCGGACGAUUGGAAGAAAGCAAAACACUGCAAUGAGAGCGUCAAGCCAAAUCUCAUCCGUCUCUACAGACGAUGAACAUCACUGCUCUAGACCUUUGAUUAUCCUGUAGACAAACUGGACAUUGCGCCUGGGGUCUACCCCCCCAAAAAAAAAAAUUAGGGCAUAUGGAAAAAUUGAGGGUCUGUGAAGAUGCCACAGUUUAUUUCCAAGGCUUCAAACUGGCAAGUACAAGCUGGCUACACAGCUUUGCAUCAGCAUGAUAUUAGAGGUCCAGUGAUUAUCAGUGCUGUUCAUCUAUGACUGAGUAGGACCUACAGAACUAUGGUGCCUUGGGCUAGUCAAACACUUCAUCUAUCCCUUUGCUCAGCUUUGAUACACACUUCAAGUUGCAUACUUCAGAAAAUGCAGCUGAAGUUGUCCAGCAAGGCGAGACACUUGCAUGCCACAUGACGCCAUCCAUGUGACCUAGCAAGCACAGUUCACAUUCUUGACUUUCAUCCAAUGCUGGCAGAACCCACACGUAAGCUGUGGUGUUUUGUUGCUGAUCCAGGGAUAGCCUUAAGAAAUUUCAUUAAAGGAAAACCAGCUUCAAAAAGAAUGUGGGAGUUCUCAGCACAUUAGUGAGUCUUGUAUUGUUUUUUGGCCUAAUUUUGAAAUUUUGUAUUGCACAAGAGAAUCAAUUAGUUAAGGAUUUCUGAAGCGAGUGGGUAGAAAAAGUGGAUAGUCCACACUUCAGCCCUUGGACGGAUAAUUGUAAUUUACUUUUUGUACUCAUUUCACAAUUAAAUGAAUUGAUUAAAGAAUCAACACUAACUAUUAGACUGACAUUAGUUGAAAGGAUUUAAAGUCAGAAAAAAUUUUCUCCCGUUCACACAAGCAGUGGUGACUUGACAAACAUUGUCGAUAAGAAAAGACAAAGUUUUCAGUGUUUCAAUUGAAUCUUUUUUAUAGCAACUUGGUAAUGAUAUAUGAGUGAGAGUUAGUAAAAGGGUAAAUGGUCACUUAUUGUUUAAGCCAAGAGAGGCAGCAUUUAUUUAUUGGUAACAAUUUUGGUGCCUUAUCAAUGAAGACUUUUUAAACAUGAAUUGGAAACUAAUUUAUUUUUACUACGGCAGCAGUUAAUGAAUUUUACCAAAGGGGUUUCAUUGGAGCAUCUUCAAGGCAGUUGCAGUCACAUCCAGACUUAUUAAAAUAAGGGAAUACAAAAGAGCAGAAAGGGGUCAUGUGCCAGAUUGUUCCAUUGUUUUUGUGUAUUAAAGAAAUCUGGAUCUAUCCAUUUUUAAAGGGACAUUGAGAUGAGUGUCAUUUUGACAUUAAAAGUGAUCAAAUAUCAAUAUCACGAGGAAGCUUUAUCACAAAUAAGUAUGGAAAUAUUUGAUCCAAACACCUUGAAGUAAAUGAAUCGAGUGAAGAGAUUAGAGUGGAAUGUUUUCAGGUACUUAUUUUCAAAGUUACUGUAUAGUGCGUUUCUAUAUGUAUAUAUUUUGAAAAGGAUAAUGUUGAAAUUAUUUUUGUAAGAUUUCAAUGUAGAUGCUUAACUUUUGUGGCUUAAGUAUUUUCUGUUUUUGACUUGCUCUUUUUUGUAUCAAUAAUUGUCAAACCAAAACCAGUCACAGAUAUGCAAAAGUCACAAAAUUUUUUUGUUUUUUUUUAUACAAAAUUAGGGCAUUGGUAAAGUUAAAUUAAAAGCACUAAAUGUUUCACAUCUUUGACUUAGCUACUUUGUAAACUGUAUACAUGUAUUGAGAAAAGCAAUUUGCUAUCCCGACAAUUUUUUGUUUAGUUCUUGAAACGAGACUAACGUUAUUAAAUGAGCGUUUAAUUUCCAAAAGUGAACUUAAUUUUUGAGAAAUUGUAGACACUUUGGUAUGAACGUUACUCACAAUGAAUUUGCAAGAAAAGGUCUUCUUGUAGCUAUCUUCUACAACGGUAACAAAAAAACUUUUCUUUCAAAUAUUAAGUGUAUUACAAGCACAUUUGUGUUUGAGACGUGGAAACCAAUAAAAACCAACUAUUCUUCAGGAAAUGAAUAGAA